AUGCAGUCCAUCAAGUGUGUCGUCGUCGGCGAUGGAGCAGUCGGAAAGACUUGCCUGUUGAUCUCCUACACCACCAAUGCCUUUCCCGGCGAAUACAUCCCAACCGUCUUCGACAACUAUUCGGCCAACGUCAUGGUCGAUGGCAAGCCUAUCAACCUGGGCUUGUGGGAUACCGCCGGUCAAGAAGAUUACGACCGGCUAAGACCCUUGUCCUACCCCCAGACCGACGUAUUCUUGAUCUGCUUCAGCCUCACCUCCCCCCCAUCAUUCGAGAACGUUCGAACAAAAUGGUACCCUGAGAUCUGCCACCAUGCUCCCAACAUCCCGCUCAUCUUGGUCGGCACGAAACUCGACUUGAGAGAAGACCCGCUGACGAUCGAGAAGUUACGCGAACGUCGGAUGGUCCCGAUCUCCUACCAGCAAGCCGCCGGGAUGGCCCGUGACAUUGCCGCAGUCCGAUAUCUCGAGUGUUCAGCCCUGACUCAAAAAGGCCUCAAGAACGUUUUUGAUGAGGCUAUCCGAGCAGUCUUAGCACCUGCUCCGCGUGAGAAGACGACAAAGAAACAGUCGAAAGGCUGCACCAUCUGCUGA